GAUCAUGCAUUACUUGUGUACGAUUACUUUGCUGAUUGCUUCGGCAACAGCAUUUACAAAUAAUUUAAACCAAUUUUUGCUAACUUUUGACCUGCCUCAGACGGAUUUGAAUUCAGUAGAUGAGAAAUGGAUUGAACAACCGCUAGAUCACUUUGAUUCAAAUGAGAAAAGAACAUUCAAAAUGAGGUACUUCGAGAAUGUAGAACUAUGGAAGCCGAAGGCACCAAUCUUCGUAUCCAUUGGUGGCGAAGGGGAACAGGAUCCUAGGUGGUUAUAUUCAACCUAUGACUUUUUUUUUACAGUUAAAAUGGCGAAAGAAGCGCAUGGGGCUCUCUUUGCUACAGAACAUAGAUAUUACGGUAAGAGUUUGCCAGAUAUUCCAAAAAAUAAUACGAUUGAAUACUUUAAGUUUCUGAGUUCUCAUCAAGCGCUGGAAGACUUGGCAAGAUUUAUAAAAAUGCUGAAAUCGAACUCUAAGUACAAGUCAUCGAAAGUGGUGGUGGUGGGUGGAUCGUAUUCCGGAAAUCUUGCAGCUUGGAUGAGAGAACUAUAUCCUGAGCUGGUGGACGCAGCCCUCUCCAGCAGUGCUCCUGUUCUCGCCAAAAAAGACUUUAAAGAAUACCUAGAUACUGUUCGUUACACGUUCGGUAAAUACGGUACUGAUGGCUGCCUGGCUAAAAUCGAAAAGAGGUUUAAACAUGACGAAGAUUUAUUAAAGACUCCAGAAGGGAGAGAAGAACUGAAGAAAAAAUAUAAUAUAUGCCCAGAAAACGAUCUGACGGUGUUAGAAAUUCAACAAUUUUUCUUUCAAUGGAUAGAGUAUUUGGAAUUCAUGGUCUCGUCACAAUAUGGUUUGCCUCAUGAUAUUAAAGCCCAGUGCGAAGUACAGACACAUAUCCAGCGUGAAAUAAAGCCUAUUUGGCGCAAUGGUUGUAAUAACGUUGACUUUAAAUAUUACGAUUGGACUCGAACCAAGUACGCCGCAUGGAUUUACCAAUAUUGCACAGAGUUUGGAUAUCUGAUGACUACGUCGUCAGAGAAACAACCAUUUGUACACUGGAAUCCAUUAGAGUUCAAUCUAAAGUACUGCAAAGGCUUUGUUAAGGGAGAUAUCGAAAAGGCAAUGGAUGAAGGGAUAGCGAAAACAAACAAAAGAUACGGAGGGUUGAAGCCAAAUGUAACCAAGGUAGUGUUCACUCAUGGCGACAUGGAUCCUUGGCACACUCUUGGGGUGCUUCAAGACUUGGGACCUGACGCGCCGGUCAUAAUGACAAACGGGACCUCACAUUGCGGGGUCCUCGGUUAUAAGGAUGGUGAACCAGAAGAAAUGGAAAAAGUUCGAAAACACGUGAAAGAGCUUAUCAUGAAAUGGAUUUCUCAAUAAACUGAGAUUCUCAUUAAAGUCGUAACUACGCAUUGAUAA